CGGUGGGAGAGCUGCAGCUUCUUCUCGGGCAUUCGUACCGAAGCAGCAUCAAUAGCUUAUCAAUAGCUCUGCUUGGUCUUUGUGCUGCUUCGCCCACAUCCUACAGCAUCAUGUGAUUGGUGAUGAGUCAGCUGGGCUGUCGAUGACUUGAGUAUUGACUCCCUUCCCUUCAAGGUUUCGCUCUUUAUCGAUCCGACUUCUAGAAUUCAGGUAUACUUCUUUCGGCUGUGCGAUGCGUCUUCAAUGACGACGCCAUCAAUCCGCAUUCCUUUCACCGGCGCAUUGCCUCCGCCGAUUAUCUUUCCUCCGUCCGCGCGCACCGUCUCCGGGGCCAUUGAUGCUCUCUUGUCCUUCUUCGCCGCACCACCGUCGCCGUAUCUUCGCGGCGUCGAUGUGGGAAGACAUUCCCAGGCGGUGCUCCUGACGGGAGCGGGAAUAUCGGUGGCUUCCGGGUUGUCCGACUACCGGGGCGAGAACGGCACCUACAUCACAAACCGGACCUACCGACCGAUCUACUUCCAUGAGUUCGUAACGCGGCAUGAAUCGCGCAAGAGGUACUGGGCCCGAAGCUUUAUCGGGUGGCCGGGAUUGGUGAAAGCCCAGCCUAACUCCACCCACCGAGCCAUUCGAGACCUGAGCGCCAAAGGCUAUAUCAGUUCCGUCGUCACGCAGAAUGUCGAUUCCUUUCAUUCCACCGCUCAUCCAGACCUCGCCACGGUGGAGCUCCAUGGCUACUUGAGGUCGGUGGUUUGCACGAGCUGCCGGAACCAGUUCUCCCGGGCUGAAUUUCAGGAGUCGCUACAGAAACUCAACCCAGCCUGGGCGGAGUUCCUGGCGAGGAUGGUCGACACCGGGGCACUCGACACAGACAAUCCGGAAGAAAGACGGCGCAAAGGCCUGAAGCUCAACCCGGACGGCGACGUGGACCUGGCCGAAGCCCCCUAUUCCACAUUCCGGUAUCCGUCAUGCCCAACGUGCUUGGAGAAAGCGCCACGGCUCGCGGAUGGAACUCCAGGCAGAGUGGACGUGGAAAGUGACGGCGCAUGGCUACCCACUUCCACGGCUGGGAUCCUCAAGCCGGCGGUGACCAUGUUCGGGGAAAACAUCGACCCGGUAGUGAAGGCCACUGCAGAAGAAGCAAUCGACGAUGCCGGUCGGCUGCUUGUUCUUGGCAGUAGCCUCGCGACCUAUUCGGCGUGGAGGCUGGUGGAACGGGCUUAUCGGAGAGGUAUGCCCAUCGGAAUCAUCAACCUCGGAGGAGUGCGGAAUGAGUCCCUCCUCUUCGGAGAAGAUGGGAAGGAGCAGCAUGUCGGAUCCACCUACAUUCGCUGCAGCCUCAGUUCCGAAUCGGUGCUGCCGUCAGUCGCAUCGCAGCUGUCAUCACUCGGGCGCUUCUAGAUGCAUAGAGCAGUAGGUAUUUCUAUUUAUACAUAGGGUGUACAUAUAUAUAGGUACCCCGUCGCACGAGUGUCGUGCCGUGGGAUUCCAGGCGCUUAAUGAUUUAUUGGCCAU